CUCAUUUUAUUUUUUCUGGGAUAAAAAGAUAGACAGCUACUGAGCUUGUUCGAUCCUUCUCUCUCUAGCUUUCUCUCUCUGGGAUUCCGUACAUCCAUGGCGAAGCCCCGAAAGCCCAAGAACGAAGACGCCAAGCCUGAAAACUCCGGGCCCGUCGUCCGUCACCAGAAGCUCUGCCUCUCCAUCGACGUCGAUAAGCGUCGCAUUUAUGGGUACACUGAGUUGAAGAUUGUGGUCCCAGAAAUUGGGAUUGUAGGGUUACACGCAGAGAAUUUGGGGAUUGAGAGUGUUUCAGUCGACGGUGAGCAGACCGAGUUCGAAUACUACCCGCAGAGUAAUCAUAAGGAUGCGGAGAGCGAGAGGAGAUGGAGCUGGGUGACAUCGCCGAGCUCUGCUGCCGAUGCGGCAGGGUCAACAUAUAUAUCGGCUCUUGAGAGAGAGCUGGUCCCGAAUUUACUGAUCAAUUGCUGUAAGGCUUUCAAGGCCGGAAGCGAACCGCAGGAGCAACUGCUUGGGGAUAAUGAAGUGCAGCAGUCUUCUGGAGAAGCCAAGCAGAAUGUGAGGUUGGUUCGUGUUGAUUAUUGGGUAGAAAAAGCAGAGACAGGAGUUUAUUUUCAUGAUGCCAUUCUACAUACUGAUAACCAGAUACGGCGUGCACGGUGCUGGUUCCCUUGUAUAGAUGACAAUUCACAAAGUUGCUGCUAUGAUCUGGAGUUCACUGUUGCACAAAAUCUUGUGGCUGUUAGCACCGGAAACUUACUAUACCAGGUUUUGAGCAAGGAUGAUCCUCCUCGCAAAACAUAUGUUUAUAGAUUAGAUGUUCCAGUUAGCGCUCGGUGGAUAUCUUUGGUGGUUGCGCCUUUUGAAAUCCUUCCCGAUCAGCAGUUUGGUCUAAUAUCUCACAUGUGCUUGCCCAUUAAUCUGUCGAAGCUUCGGAAUACUGUAGAGUUUUUCCAUAGUGCAUUUAGCUGUUAUAAGGAUUACCUUGCGAUAGAAUUUCCUUUUGGGUCAUACAAGCAAGUUUUUAUUGAGCCCGAGAUGGCAGUAUCAUCAUUAAGUUCGGGGGCAUCCAUGAGCGUUUUUAGUUCUCAAGUUUUAUUUGAUGAAAAGAUCAUUGAUCAGACCAUUGACACAAGGAUUAAACUUGCGUUUGCUCUUGCAAGACAAUGGUUUGGUGUCUAUAUCACUCCCGAGGCACCUAAUGAUGAGUGGCUGCUGGACGGUCUUGCUGGGUUUUUGACAGAUUUUUUUAUCAAAAAACAUUUGGGAAAUAAUGAAGCCCGCUACCGGAGAUACAAGUUGCAGGCAAAUUGUGCUGUUUGCAAAGCAGAUGAUAGUGGCGCAACCGCUUUAAGUUCUGCUGCUUCUUGUAAGGAUUUGUAUGGAACUCAAUGCAUUGGAAUAUACAGCAAAAUUAGGUCAUGGAAAUCUGUGGCAAUCCUUCAAAUGCUGGAAAAGCAGAUGGGACCAGAGUCUUUUCGUAAAAUUUUGCAGGCAAUAGUUAUUAGGGCUCCAGAUAAGAUCCGUUCUUUAAGAUCCCUUAGUACGAAGGAGUUUAGGCAUUUUGCUAAUAAGGUUGGCAAUCUUGAGCGUCCAUUUCUUAAAGAAUUUUUUCCUCGCUGGGUGGAAUUGUGUGGUUGUCCACUGCUGAGGAUGGGCUUCUCCUAUAACAAGAGGAAGAAUAUGGUUGAAUUGGCAGUGUUACGUGGAUGCACAGGCGGAUCAGAUUCAAUUGCUUCAGCAGUUAAUGCGAAUCCAGAGCCUGAAAAGCGAGACAUUGACAAUGGAUGGCCUGGAAUGAUGAGCAUCAGGGCUCACGAACUUGAUGGUACGUUUGAUCAUCCAGUUCUGCCAAUGGCUGGAGAAACAUGGCAGCUGCUGGAAAUACAAUGCCAUUCAAAGCUUGCUGCUAGACGCUUUCAGAAGCCUAAAAAGAGUUCAAAACUAGAUGGGGCUGAUGAUAAUGGGGAUGCUACACCAGCUCUAGACAUGCGUUCUAGUAUGGAGUCGCCAUUGUUGUGGAUGAGGGCAGACCCGGAAAUUGAAUAUCUUGCUGAAAUUCAUUUCAAUCAACCUGUACAGAUGUGGAUUAAUCAGUUGGAGAAGGACAAAGAUGUCGUUGCACAGGCACAAGCAAUUGCAACACUGGAGUCUCUACCACAGCUUUCCUUUUCUGUUGUUAACGCUCUGAAUAAUUUCCUCAUUGACUCCAAGGCCUUCUGGAGAGUUCGAAUUGAGGCCGCGUUUGCUUUGGCUAAUACAGCAUCUGAGGAUACUGAUUGGGCUGGUCUACUCCAUUUAGUGAAAUUUUAUAAAAGCCGAAGGUUUGAUGCAAACAUCGGACUCCCCAAGCCAAAUGACUUCCAUGACAUUUCUGAGUACUUUGUUCUUGAGGCCAUUCCUCAUGCUAUUGCUAUGGUCAGAGCUGCUGACAAGAAAAGUCCAAGAGAGGCUGUAGAGUUUGUUUUACAACUUUUGAAGUACAAUGACAACAAUGGGAACCCUUACUCUGAUGUCUUCUGGCUUGCUGCAUUAAUCGAGUCUGUUGGAGAACUUGAAUUUGGGCAACAGAGUAUUCUCCUUUUAUCGUCUCUUCUGAAGCGCAUUGAUCGCCUCUUGCAAUUUGACAGGUUGAUGCCUAGCUACAAUGGUAUCUUGUCGGUCAGUUGUAUUAGGGCCUUGACACAGAUUGCCCUAAAACUGUUGGGAUUUGUUCCUAUGGAUCGCGUGUUUGAACUUGUGAAACCUUUUCGGGAUAUCAAGGCAGUAUGGCAAGUUCGGGUUGAAGCAAGCAGAGCACUGCUUGAUCUUGAAUUCCAUUGUAAAGGCAUUGAUGCAGCUUUGCAACUGUUUAUCAAAUAUUUAGAUGAAGAGACGUCCUUCCGAGGGCAGGUGAAGCUGGCCGUGCAUGCUAUGAGGUUAUGCCAGAUUAGAGGUGGAUCUGAUCUUACUGACAACAUCAGGAGCGAAACUCUUGUGGCUUUGCUUCGUCUACUUGAAGGCCAGAUGGCUUUUAAUAAUAUCUUUCUUCGUCAUCACUUAUUCUGCAUCCUUCAAAUCCUUGCUGGAAGGCCGCCAACACUAUAUGGAGUGCCAAGAGAUCAUAAACCAUUUCAUUUAGGUGAUGCGGAAAGCUUCCAAGAGCAGAAAAACAUCUUUGCUGCUUUCAUUCCAGAAAGUAAAUAUGUGGAACCACCUUCCGAAGCUCCAAACCAUUCACAUGAUGAUUUAACUGCUCCUGAAACUUCCAGAGAUGUUUUCGCUGCUCCAGAAAUUUUUACAGAUGCGUUUUCUAUUCCAGAUCCAGAAACUUCCAGGGACGGGUUUGUCCUUCCAGCUGCUUCCAAGGAUGAUUUGGGUGCUCUAGAACCUACAACUGAUGGUUUUGGUGCUCCAGAACCUCCUGGUGGUGGUUUGGGUGAUCCAGAACCUUCUGGUGGCAGUUUGGUCGCUAAAGAACCUUCCAUUGGUGGUGUUGGUGCUCCAGAACCUCCGAUUGGUAGUUUUGAUGGCUUAACGGUUUCAGAACCUAUCAAGGAUAGCUUGGCUGUUCUGGAACCUUUCAAGGACGCAGAUACCGUUUCUAACAGCCAUAGACGGAAGCUGACGGUUAAGAUCAGGGUCAAAAGUUCUGCUACUACUAGUAGAGCAGAAGGUGAUAAUCAAACUGUUGAGAGGUCGCAAGGUGGGCAUCUUGAAACUGAUCGUGGCGCCAGCAGUUCAGUAUCUGUGGAUGCUCCGCACAAAAACUUUGCAGAGGUGAGCCUUAGCAAUCAAAAUCUUGAGGAAGUUAACUCUUGGCAUGAUCUUGGAUCCCGGAUGACUGCCAGCAUUGGUAGCGCAAAACUUGCUAGCGAUGUCGAUGAUAUAGGAAAGGAAUUGCAGUGCACUGCCGACUCUAGCAAAGUUUCUGCACUGCCUCAGCCCGAAGAUCCAUCACCUAGCUUUAUCCAAGAUAACCGAGAUGCAGAAGUACAGAAGUAUGCAAGUCUCCAAGAACUUUCGGUUCCUAGGAACGAUAUUAAUGGUGGUUCAUCUGGAAUGGCGGAUUCUCUUCCUCGCGGGAAAGAAAAGGAGAAAAAGAAAGACAAGGAAAAGAAACGAAAGCGGGAUGGCCAUAAGGGCCACCGAGAUAAUCCCGAGUAUUUGGAGCGGAAGCGCCUAAAGAAGGAGAAAAAGCAGAAGGAGAAAGAAAUAGCGAAGUUGUUGAACGAGAGCGCCAAAGUACCAUCCACGGAGCUACCAAGUAAGACAGAGGUGCUUGGAGUGAAGUCGGCAACUGUGCAACUCAAGCCGGUCGAGCCUAGCGGUUCCAACAAAUUGGCAAUCACAGGGGUUGAAACCGCCAGGCCUGCACCAUCCGAAGGUGCUACUUCCGCUACUCCUUCCGGUACAACUUCCGCUACUACCGAAGUUUCGUAUUAAGACAAAGAUCCGAACACUGAACAAUCCAUGAUGAAAGUAGUUUUCCCUUGUAACGAGCUAUGGUGGCUGGUUUAAAUUUUUGUAUUGGUAAUCUGUGUUGUAUCCGGCAGGCAGUGAUUUAGGUGUGCAUAGUGGGAAAUGGGAGAGACUCUAGCUCACUGUAGAAUUACUUAUAAAUGCCCUUCUGCUUAUAUUCUUUACAAUUUUGUUUUAUUU